UUUGUAGCAAAUAUACGUUUUAUAAAGUAGCGUGACUUGUUAGUACAUUAUUGUUCGCCGCGAUGAUCUGGUGGGUGCUGAUACCUUUGUUAUGGUUCUUAACGUACCGGUAUCGUCGGAGGAGGAUGUAUGAACUCGCGUCGCGGGUUCCGGGCGUCAGCGAGCUACCUCUCAUGGGAGCGGUCCAUAAGGUCAUGGGAAACACAGAGGAUAUCAUGUCUACACUAAAAGAACUGAGCUACUUUGCCAUUGAACAUGGCGGUUUAAUGAAAGUCUGGUUGGGCCCCACACUUUAUUUUAUUUCCGUGGACCCCGUGGACUUGGAGAUGGUGAUGCGGACGUGUAUGGAGAAGGAUGACCUGCACCGCUUCACUAGGCCGGUCAUCGGCUACGGGGCUAUAUUUGCUCCAGUUUCAAUCUGGAGGCCAAGGCGAAAGAUACUGCAGCCAGCAUUCAAACCGAAGAUAGUGGAGAGUUUCGUUCCCGUGUUUGCGGAGCAGAGCAUGAAGCUGGCUCGCAAGCUGAGCGAGGCCGGAGGCCGCAAGGUCAAGCUGCGGCCUUACGUUAGCUCCUACACACUGGACUCCACUUGUGAGACCACACUGGGCGUGAAGAUAAACGCCCAGGACGACGCCAUGUCCCCGUUCCUGGUGGAGCUGGGCCGAGUGCUGCAGGUGGUGACGGAGCGCAUCUUCCGCCUUUGGCUGCAACCGGAGUGGCUGUUCCGGUGCUCCCCGCAGUACCGCCAGCAGCGGGCCAGCUGCGAAGUCUUGCAUGGGUUCACUGAUCACGUGAUAAUGAAGAAACGCGAAGAAUUAAAGGCUCAACAAAAAAGUUCUAACGCUAAUCGAACCAUUGACUUAUCAGAUUACGACUCCAAGUCAUUCCUCGAGCUGCUGAUCCACUUCUCGGGCAGCGAGGGUGGGUACAGCAAUGAGGAGCUGCGGGAAGAAAUCCUGACACUGAUCAUCGGGAGCACCGAUUCCACUGCUUCUACCAUAGGAUAUGCACUCGACCUUUUGGCCAUGUAUCCACAUGUACAAGACAAGGUGCACGCAGAACUGGACGAAGUGUUCGGCGACUCGGAACGGCUUCUCCAAAAAGAGGACCUGAUGCGGCUGAAGUAUCUGGACUGUGUCAUCAAGGAGACGCUCCGGCUGUUCCCGCCAGCGCCCUUCCUCAUCAGGAAGGUGGAGGAGGAAGUCACCUUGCCAUCAGGGAACGUGCUGCCCGCCGGUAGUGGUAUAGCGGCGUCCGUGUGGGGCACACAACGGAACCCCAAGUACUGGGGCCCCGACGCAGAUGCGUUCGACCCGGACCGCUUCCUGCCGGAGCGGGCCGCGCUAAGGCACCCCUGCACGUUCAUGGCGUUCAGCACCGGCCCGAGGAAUUGCAUCGGCUACCAGUAUGCCCUGACGUCUAUAAAGUCAGCGCUGUCGUCGGUGCUGCGCUUCCACCGCGUGAGGGGGAGGGUGGAGGGGGGGAACACGCCGCACAUCCGCGUCAAGAUCGACGUCAUGAUGAAGGCCGUUAAUGGACACGAGCUUACCCUAGAGAGGAGAAUGCAACGUCGCGCGCAACAGGACUUAUGAAUCAUUGGGAACGUAGACAGAUGUUUGUAAGUUUA